AUGAAUAUGGCGUGCCAAUCCAAUCGUUUGAAUUCGAAAAAACGUUAUAGAAGUGAACAGGAUGAAAGGCGUAUUUUAAAAAUAUGGAUCUCCCCUCUGACGACCCUAUAUUAUUUUUCUCGCGAAUGCGCUUCCCAAUCAGCACAAGUCCUUCGGAAUAUUCUGAAAUACAAACUCAGAGUCUCCUUUUUUAUUUUGAUUUGUAUUCUAAUUGGUUACCUUCGAUCCAUGGAUGGUCCACAUCGUGAGGUAUCGACGUUCAUGUUUGCCCUUAUUGAGAAGAAAGCCGUAUGGUAUAUUUGGUGGGUAGUUUUGGGUUUCUUGUCGUCAUGUGGCUUUGGAUUUGGUUUGCACACUUUUCUGUUAUACCUCGGACCUUUCAUUGCGCAAGUAACAAUGAGUGCCUAUGUGUGUCGGUCCCUUAAUUUUCCAGAGCCACCGUAUCCAGAUGAGAUUGUUUGUCCAGAGAACGGAAAUUCGGAUGUGUCAUUUUUUGAUAUUGUCCGCAAGGUUCAGUUGGAAUCCAUACUGUGGGGUUUUGGCACUGCAAUAGGUGAGCUACCACCCUAUAUUAUGGCUCGCGGUGCUCGACUUUCGUGCAACUUAAAUGAUGAAAUAGAACUUUCUUUGAACAAUGCAUCAUCUUCGUCUGAAUUAGAAACAGAUGUCAAUCAUUCUCCCGGUUCUGAUCAAAAGCCCUCUGCUUAUCAGCGCUUUGAAUUACUCCUCCAACGCCUCGUUACACGUGUUGGCUUCUUUGGCAUUCUACUGUGUGCUUCGGUGCCGAACCCCUUAUUUGAUCUUGCGGGAAUGACUUGUGGGCACUUUCUGGUGCCAUUCUCCACAUUUUUCGGAGCCACAUGCAUCGGCAAGGCCCUCAUUAAAACACAUAUCCAACAAUUUGCUGUAAUCGCCGCAAGUUCGGAGGACCAUGUCGAAGCACUCGUCAACUUUAUCGGAAAAAUUCCUUUGGUCGGAGCCAGUUUACGACGACCGCUUAUGAACUAUCUUCAAUACCAAAAGGAUAAACUCCAACAGAAGACUGUCCAGUCGAGUGGAAGUUGGUUUCAGUUUAUUGUUAACUUUAUCGUCACAAUGGGCAUGAUUAGUUUCAUUGUCUCGAUAAUCAACGCAAUGGCUCAAACCAACCACAAGAAAACUUGUCGCCAGCAUAAAGGACAGCAUCAGAACCAACGACGGCAGACGAAGAAGAAUGGCCCAUCGACGAAUUUGGGUGGAGGCUCAAAAAAAAACUGUGUUCGCGAGAAAGCGGAUUAA